AUGGACCACUCCGCCGCCGCCAAACGAAAGCAACCCCCGACCUCCAACUCCUCCGAACGACCUUCCAAGCAAGUCCGUAGACCUUCGCCUCCACCGAUGGAGAAUGGGAAAGCAGUGGGAAACGGCGUGCCUGCGUCAGCAGCGGAUACGCCCAAUGGAUACGCAUCUCCACACACGGACGACACAUCUCUCAUACAAGCUGCGGCAGGCGCAGAUACCGCAGAGUGGCAGGCGACGAUCGAGAAAGUCGUUCGCAAUGUCGUCAGCAUACAUUUCUGUCAGACGCACUCCUUCGACACCGACUCUGCUGUCUCAAGCGAGGCCACUGGCUUCGUCGUUGAUUCAGAGCGCGGCUACAUUCUGACCAACCGACACGUCGUUGGCGCUGGUCCCUUCUGGGGCUACUGCAUCUUCGACAACCACGAAGAGUGCGAUGUGUACCCUGUCUACCGCGACCCCGUCCAUGACUUCGGCAUCCUCAGAUUCGACCCCAAAGCGAUCAAGUACUUACCUUUAGCACAGCUGGACCUACGACCAGACCUUGCAAAAGUGGGCGCAGAGAUCAGGGUUGUGGGUAAUGAUGCUGGGGAGAAGCUGAGCAUCUUGUCGGGUGUCAUUUCAAGAUUGGACAGGAACGCGCCAGAAUACGGCGAGGGCUACAGCGACUUCAACACAAACUACAUUCAAGCUGCUGCAGCUGCAUCAGGAGGCUCGUCAGGUUCGCCAGUUGUCAACAUCGAUGGAUUUGCCGUUGCCUUGCAAGCCGGCGGUAGAGCCGACGGUGCUGCCACGGAUUACUUCCUCCCGCUCGACCGACCUCUUCGUGCCCUGCAAUGCAUAAGAGAAGGAAAGCACGUCGAACGAGGUACAAUCCAGACUCAAUGGAUGUUGAAACCGUUCGAUGAGUGCAGAAGAUUGGGACUGACCGCUGAUUGGGAGAGCGAGGUACGAAAGCAAUUCCCUAAAGAGACCGGCAUGCUUGUGGCAGAAGUCGUGUUGCCAAAAGGUCCAGGCGAUGAGAAGUUGGAAGAAGGAGACGUGUUGUUGAAAGUCAACAACGAGCUCCUCACACAAUUCGUCCGUCUUGACGACAUCCUCGACAGCAGCGUUGGCGGAUCAGUCAAGCUUUUGAUCCAGCGAGGCGGCCAAGACAUGGAAGUGGAGUUGAGCGUCGGCGACCUACACGAAAUCACGCCAGACCGAUUUGUGUCUGUAGCUGGUGCGUCUUUCCACAAGCUGUCCUACCAGCAAGCUCGGCUGUACGCCAUCGCGAUGAAGGAUGCCGGUGUCUACUGCUGCGAGGCGGCCGGUUCUUUCAGAUUCGAUGGCUCUGAGUACGGCUGGCUCAUUCAAUCGGUUGACCACAAACCGACGCCGAACUUGGAAACUUUCAUCGAAGUCAUGAAAUCCAUUGCCGACAGGAGCAGAGUUGUUGUAACUUACAAGCACUUGCGCGACAUGCACACGCUCAAUACCAGCAUCAUGCUUGUCGAUCGUCACUGGCACAAAAACAUGCGACUCGCUGUGCGAAACGACGAGACGGGCCUUUGGGACUUCUCAGACCUCGCAGAGCCUCUCCCUCCAAAAGAAGCAAAGCCGGGCAAAGCCACCUUCAUCAAGAUGGAGGGAGCCCAACACCCAGCUGCUGUCGAAAUAGUAAGAUCGUUUGUCAAGGUUUCGACAAUGCUCCCAGUCAAGCUCGAUGGAUUCCCGAAGGCGCGAAAGAUUGGCUUUGGUCUGGUCAUUGACGCAGACAAGGGUCUCGUUGUUGUUUCGCGUGCCAUUGUGCCGUACGACAUGUGCGACAUUUCCGUCACCAUUGCCGACUCCAUCAUCGUAGACGGCAAGGUUGUCUUCCUGCAUCCAUUGCAGAACUACGCCAUCAUCCAGUAUGACCCAAAAUUGGUCCAGGCACCUGUAAAGUCCGCCAAGCUAGCAGAAAAGCCCAUCAAACAAGGCGAGGAGACUAUCUUCUUCGGCUUCAACCAAAAUCUGCGCCCUGUCGUUGCCAAAACCGCGGUCACAGACAUUACCACAGUUGGCAUUCCAGCCAGUGCAUCGACGCCGCGCUACCGGGCUACUAACCUCGAUGCCAUUACCGUCGACACCUCCUUGAGCGGUCAAUGCGGCAGCGGUGCACUCAUUAGCGAAGAUGGCACUGUUCAAGCUCUUUGGCUGACCUACCUGGGCGAACGAACUGGCCACAGCGGCAAAGACAUUGAGUACCAUCUCGGUUUUGCCACACCUGCGCUCUUGCCAGUUAUUGAGGAAGUCAAGAGCGGACGCAAGCCGAACCUUCGUAUCCUCAACCUCGAAACACAGACCGUGCACAUGGCUCAAUGCCGCAUCAUGGGUGUGAGUGAAGAAUGGAUCGAGAGGGUCGAACGCGAAGAUCCAGAACGACACCAGCUUUUCAUGGUGCGCAAAAUCGACGCUGGCAACGUGAAUGGCUUGCAAGAAGGAGACAUCAUCCUGACCCUAAACGACCGCCUCAUCACCAGAGUCAGCCACAUGGAUGUCAUGUAUUCGAAUGAGGUCCUCAAAGCUGUCAUCGUCCGCAAGCAGCAACAGAUGGAGCUCGACGUACCAACCGUCCCCACCGAAGAGUUUGAGACCGACCGAAUCAUCGUCUUCUGCGGCGCCAUCCUCCACCGACCCCAUCACGCCGUCCGCCAACAAAUUUCGAAAGUGCAUUCCGGCAUCUACGUCUCUACUCGAACUCGUGGUAGUCCUUCGUACGCCUAUGGUCUCGCCCCGACAAACUUCAUCAUGGCAGUCAACGCCGUGCCAACACCGGACCUCAAGUCUUUCCUGAGGGAGGUUAGUAAGAUCCCGGACAACGAGUACUUCCGGUUGAAGGUCAUGACAUUUGACAACGUGCCUUGGGUUGCGACCAUGAAAAAGAACGAGCAUUACUUCCCAACGGUGGAGUUUGUAAAGGAUUCGAGUGUGAGAGAAGGCUGGAGGAGAAUCAUGUACGAAGGCGGCGAGAAGAAGGUUGGUGAAGGCGAGCUGGUGACUGAGGUUAUUGACGAGGGUGGGGCGCCGGUUGAGAUGGAUGUCGAGGCAGAGGGACGAGCCAGUAAAUCUUAG